CUGUAAUACUGAGAAUAGGAAUCUCCAUGCCUCUCACUGGCGUUUCCACUUUCACAUCUGUGGGUUUCUGUUCUAUUGCAGGUGGAGACUGAUCUUCAUUUUUUUCUUCGAUCACAUUCAACACUGAAUGAUUGGAUAUACGGCUUUCUGAAAGACGGAAGGUAUGCUAAUUAUCAAUUGCUAGCUUUAUUUCAGGGUACAUUUAAAAUGAUUUUACUAGGUACAGGAUGUUCCUUGUGUUGCACAUGUCAUUGUGCUGUAAUUUUGCCUUUCAUUCAACAAGGGGGGAAGUUCUGCUAUUAAUGGCAAUGCAUUGACUAUAUUCUCCUUUGAAUUUUGAAGCAGUCGUAGACUCGUAUCAUUAAAAUUCUUAGAAAUUGUCAUGAUGUCUCAAACGUGUAGGUACAGUUCUAAGUACUUUACAAUGUGUAGCGGGAAGGUUUGUUUCUGAAUUCACUGCCCGAAAAAGAUUAAAGUUUAACACACUUGGAUGUUUUGAGUGAGAGCUUUUUGAGUUCGUCAGAAAACUAAUCUUUUCAGGUACUUAAAGUUUAAAAUUCAGUUACAAAUCAUGCAGUGAAACCAUACCGUUAUCAGGUGAAUCUAACUGUCCUGCAGAGAGACUUGAAUGACGACUUUUUGCACUGGGGGCUUGUGAUGUGUCCACAGUACUAGGACGUGUGGUGGGACUCUCCCUCAACAUGUUUUCUGUGACAUACACCUCGGCACAUUGAACCAGCACCUCCAAAACCUCCAGGAAUGAAAUCUCAACCUCGAGGCUGAUAAACUCAUCCUGGGCAACACAUGGGUCAUCCGAUGCAAAAAUAUCGAUGACAUUCUUUGCUGAUAAGCCUUCAUUGAUAAGGCCAUAAUCAUUCAGAAUCCAAAGCAUAUAUCGCAUGUUUACACAUAGAACACCAGGCUGGCAUUGCUUUGCUUGGGACAUCCAGUACUUGUAUAUACUAUAAGCCUUAUCAAAGUACUGGGUGAGUUCCAUUGUAAUACUUGGUUUGGUGUACACGAUCCCACCCAUGUCACAAGCAUGUUCCAACACGUACUCAGACACAAGUUUCGCCAAACACCACGGUAACAACAGUUGGUUUCCAUGACGAUCUUCAUCAGCAAACAUGUGGUUGGCAAUGAUAACCAAUGCUGUCAAGAAGUCGCGCAUCAAGAUAUUUUCCCAAGGGUAAUAGGGAUCCUCAUUUCUGUCAUCUGCAAUCAGCCUCAGAAUCUCAGGGAGGGAUGUAUCGCCAUGAUGGAUGUGACUGUCCUUCAGAAAUCUACAGAACUGCAUCCGAGUCAUGACUGAUGUAUUAUCCUGGGACUGAUCAAUUCCAAUAGAACUGUAGAAGGUGUAAAUUUUCUUCAAUUUACUGAUAUGCUGCAGCAUCACAUAGUUGACCUGUUGCACUUCCAGUUCUCGUUGGUCUAAGUCAAUAUCUCGGUCAUCAAAUAAGAAGGCGAUAUUUAGUUCCAAGCCAUUUGCCCAAUCAGCACUGAGUGUUGAUGCAGGAGUGCCAGGACGUUGCACAGGUAGACCAGCCGAGGCGAUGUCGGGAGUGAUCAUGCCAGACGGAUUGAUGUCAGGGUAUUCCAACAUGUGGUCACUGUCAAAUAUACCUUGGGGUAAAAUAUAGAAAAUAUAGAAAUCUAGGAAGGGGGGAUAUAAAUAUUCAUGGGGAAUUAAUAUCUCCGGAAAAUGGGUGGGAAAUGUGAUGUUGUCCCAAAUGUCAUAAAUCAAGAAAAUUUCAGUAUGCAUUGGUAUUGAUUUACAUUUUCAUUUCCAGACAAUCCACCUUUGUAUACCAUUGGUAGAUUCUAACAUUCUCCUACAUAGCUGCUUCUAGAGAACUGGUAUAUGAGUUAUAUUAAUUUUAUAUAUAUUUACAUGACAUGCCUAAAUGUAUAAUCUUUCUUUGCUUACCUUUAAAUACCAUACCAUUUUUGAAAACAAACAUUCCUUUUCCAUGUUUCAUAUUAUUCAACCAUUCCCCAUCAUACUUAGCCCCACUUGCAUAGUAAAACACGCCACGACCAUGACGCAAACCAUUCACAAAACUACCAACAUAACGAUUCCUCAAUGGAUACUGUGAGUCCUUGACACGCCGUAGGAACCAGGUGUGCUCCCCAUAUCCUUGUUGUACCCCAUUAAACCACUCACCAGUGUAUUUUUCGUUGCUUGUAUACCAGUUCAUUGUACCCUGACCAUGACGUAUGUUAUUCUUCCAGUUCCCUUCGUAAACAUUACCACUGGCAUACCUACGUGUACCAUAACCUUGACGCUGAUUCUCAUACCACUCUCCCUCAUAGUAGGAUACAGAUCUUGUCAUACUUUAAGGUGCCGUGACCAUGUCGUUUACCAUCACACCACAUACCAGAGUAAACACAUGGGGUCGAAGCACACCUGAAAGUUCCCUGACCAUGUCGUAGACCAUUCUUAACCUCUCCUUCGUAGCCACUGUCAUCUGGCCAGACAUACAAACCAUGACCAGAUAACUGAUUGUGCAUAAAAUCACCUUCAUAUAUAGUCCUAUCCUGCCAAACAUAUUUGCCUUUUCCAUGCAUCAAACCUCGCUCAAAAUGUCCCUUGUAAAUGUUCCCGCCUUGAAAAUACGCUGUGCCGUAGCCAUGUAAGAAUCCUUGCUCGUCCGUCUCCCCGUCAUAUAGUUCAACAAGAACAUUUGUCAAAAGAGGCUCACUUCGCAUCGCAUCGUAGGGCGCGUUUUGAACUGGGACUGCAGGCGCUUCUGGCUCUUGUAUGGCAUCAUUCUGUUCCUCAGUUGACUGUGCAUCUCCCACCUCGUCUUGUUCAUCGCCAGUACCGUGAGAAUCUGCAACAGAAUCGCCUAAAAAUUGAGGCAUUUUCGCUACAAAAUUAUAGAAAUUUUUGUUUUUGUUGCGGCCAUUGUUCAACUGCAUCCGUUUCCAUGACGGUAACGCAACCAAUCACGUUCGUGAUGGCGACAGUUUCAUAAAACAACCAAUCAAAAAUCUCAUGAUGAAACACUGCAGAGUCACCUUAAUCCUGCUAAUCCAAUAAGCCAACUUUAAUAUAAUUCUAGAAUAUGAAACAAAACAAGAAGCAUGGAACAAUACCAUACCGGUAUUAUAUUUCGCAUGUACACUAAAACAACGAAAAUUCAUGCAAAAAUAGUUUUCUGCACAUCGAGGAAAAAGUCAGAGAAAAUUUGACGAAAGAAAAAGGGUUUCAGAUUGUGGAAGCACACUACCGCAAUUUUCAUUUUUCAAUGAAAUAAAUAAUAUUUUCAAUGAAAGAAAGAAAUUACAGUAUAAUUCGAAGAGUUCCUGUCGCGAAAUUAUGUUUAUCGCACAGAUUUUACAACGAUAAACGGUUUAAAUCUUAGUAAAUCGUUGAUUUAAGAGCUAGAAAUUAUGAAAAGAAGAUAACUUGAAUUGUUACAUGAAAAUAUGAAGUCUUCAAAGCGAUGGUUUGUGUGGGAUGGACUCGGAAUAACUUGUGCUAUGUUUACUUACUUUUUAAUCGGCUAUGCCGAAUUCGUUGUAGUUGGCGUUAUGCUACUCCCUGAACUUUCGACAACUGCCUGGGGUCUAUUUCAUUCAAUUUUGUUCACUAUACUUGCGAUUUUGGCCGUUGUAGCCCACAUGAGAGCCAUGAUUACUGAUCCGGUAAGAUUUAAAGAUUUUAUUUUAUACUUUAUAGUAGCUGUGGCAUAUUACUUCACAUAAUUGUUGAAAGGCUCAUACCACUUCGAUGUAACAAAUAUUAAUAAUACUCGUACUUUCACAUUCAUUGAGAAUCCUAAUUAGAAUACUUAGAAUACCCUGAACUUUUCUAAUUAGAUGCAAUUUAAAGAAUAACAGCUGAUUUUAACGAGACAUUUGAGAAGCUUCCUAGGGCUGUCAAUAGCAUGAAAAAAAUAAUUGUAACGGAGUAAGUUAUUGCUUAUUAAAAAUUUAACAUGAGUAUAUUGACACACGUUGUCAACUUGGCAUCAUUUGCACCUCUGGAAGCCAACAUUCAAAACUUUAACACAGAUAUUUCGCAUUUGACAAGUAUGAGAAGUAUAAGUAUCACAUAAUUUUAUCAUUAUUUAUUAACACUGUCUUGUAACCCAACAUGAUUUUUCCAGGGCAGUAUUCCAUUAGGCAAUUGUACAAAGGAGAACAUAAAAAAGUUAGAUAUGAAAGAGGGGGAAGUCGUAUUCAGGUGUACAAGAUGUGAAUGUAUAAAGACUGAUAGAGCACAUCACUGCAGGUGCGUCACAAUUUUGUCAUAGCUUUACUUGAGCAAUGAUCGAGAAUGAGCCCCAUAUCUUUCUGUUUAGGGUUAUAGAAACUUAUUAACGAGGUUCAGAUUUGACUUCCGCUACCAUUAAUGGACUAUUAACCAAUCAGAUAUGUGUGAUCCGAUUAACCAAUUAAAUGCAUGCUAAGCCAGUAAGAGAUAGUAGUAGCAGUAGUGGAAGUGAAAUCUGAACCUCCCUAAGCAAGACUAACUCUGUACCCCAAUGUCAAUUUUAACCUUUAAAUUAACCUAUUGAACACUGGUCGUAAUCUUAACCCAAUCACUAACCACAGAAUCGAGAUAUAGAUUUCUCAAUAGAUAGAUUUCUCAAUGUUAUCAUAAAUUAUAUGAGAAUGAUAUGGGCUCAUCCUUAAGCCUGGUUCACAUAUGCCUGCGGCAUGCCUGCAACUGUAUCAUUAUGCCUCUACCCCGGUACGUCGCAGGCACAUCGCAGGCAUAUAUGUGAACCAGGCUUUAGUUUGUCAAUGUCUAGGCAAUUAUAGUGAACCCACUUUUUGAUCUGUACUCUGUAGAGUUGAUUUUAUAUAUAGGAAGUAAAAGUUACUGUAUUUUCUUGAGAAUAUAAUAUUCAAUAUUUAUCUUUUCACAGCACUUGCAAGAGAUGCAUAAGGUAUGCUUUAAAUUCACACUAAUCUUGCUACAGUACUCAUACUUCAUGACACUUUGUAUUCCACAGUAAAAUUCUCACUUUUUGAAUGCUAUUUAGCAUUCAAAUAGCAGUGUUUACUCAAUUAAUUUUCAUUUCUUUAGGAAAAUGGACCAUCACUGUCCAUGGUAAGGAAUGAAUAUUGAAUGGAAUGGAGUUAAUUAGUUAAAUUAAUACUUGUCUUUAUGAAACAAAGAAAAUAUUUUUAAUAUAUAUUUUUAAAGAAAAUAACAAUAGUCAGAAGCUUAGCCUUGUACUCUUCUUUAUUUGAAACAGGAUUAACAAUUGUGUUGGAGAAAGUAAUCAGAAAUUUUUUGUUUUAUUUACGGUAAGAUGAAUUGAACUUGAACAGCUGGAAACUUUAAAGUAUUACUAGUAUCUGGUAAAUUUAUAUAAUAUUUCAAAAUUUCUAGUUUUACAUCAUGGUUAUAUCAAUCUAUGCAUUAUACCUUGCUGUAAGACAGUUUUUUAUGUGUCAAAGAAGUGACUGGGAAGGUAUGCAAGUCAGUAAGGAUAGUAUGGGACAGGGAUGGAUCCAGCAUGAUCUGGUGGAGGUGGGGGGUGCUUAGCUAGCUCUGGUGCCAAGUUGUGUCGGUUAUGUGCACUGCCCACCCACCAACUACUGUAUUUGAAUUGUAAUAAAGGAAUACCGAAUGGUUUUCCGUGCAGGAUUGUGUGAUCCAUGCAUGAGGGAUGUCGCGAGACUUUUGGAAAGCGUAAAAACAGCAAUUGGAAAACCAUUUGGUAAUUGUUUUAUAAAAUAAAUACAGUGAAACAAUGACAUUUUGAGAAUCCUGCGAAGGCAUUCUAAUUCCUCGUGCAGGAUAGCCUGAUCCUGCACGACUAUUGACCAAUCAAAUUGUGUGUUUCACUGUAGUUAUUAUAUAAUUGUUGUUCACAGCUUGCUUAUCAUCGUGUUAUUACCGGUACUCAAAUUACUGUACAGUAUCUCAUUUUGUCUCUAAUACUUUUUUUGCUUUAUCAAAAAAUAGUACCCCUCCCUGCACCUAAAAAGUACCCCUAAAUAGUACCCCUCCCCUCCCUCUUGCCAGGGCUAGGGGGUGCGUGCACCUCCCCCAGUAAAUCCAUCCCCGGUAUGGGAUAAUGUUACCUGUUAUCGUACAUGUUGCAUGCCAGUGCUCUCCCCUUGAUGAGUAAAACCAUCUGGCAUUAGACAGAGUAGGGGUGUACAAUAUUUAACUUCAUUUCUGCCUGCACACAUCAGUAUUUUUAAGGAAUUAUGAUUACAUACCAAUGUUUCAGUGAGUUCACUGUCAAGUAGCUGAAGAUUUGACUAUAAAUACGAGAUUUAUCAUUUUGCUUAUCAUUUAUGACUUUAAUAGAUGAUUUAUUUGUAGUCACCACGGUGACAUAAAAAUAUGGCUGAUAUGCAAAUAAUGAAUCUUGUGGUCAUAUUCCCAGUCUAUAAAGCUCCCUAAAAGUAGCUAUAUGGGGAGGUGUCUUGGGUGGUCCUCCUAUGGUCAUUGUGGCUGACAUGCUGUUGGUUUGGUCUUAUGGAUUUAUGGACAUUCUUGAUUUUCUAUCAUCUCUGUAGAUUGUAUGUAUCUCAAGGUUCCAGCUGCCAUGGUCUGCAUAAUAUUCUUAAUCUUUGAAGGAAUUUUAUUUGGUUUGUUCACGCUUGCCAUGUUCUGUACUCAAGUAUGCUCAAUCUGCAAAGAUGAAACGGUAAAUAAGACUUGUAGCAUAAAUAAUAUAUAUGGGCUAUAUGGCACAAUUUAGACAGACUACUAUCAAGAAAUUUCAAAUGUGAAUUGUGGCUAUAGUUUGUCCAUUAUAAUCAGAUUAUACAAAUUAAUUCUUUGGUUAAUCUGACCAUUUUAUUUAUUUAGGGCAUUGAGAAUUUGAAAAAAGAGAAAGUAGAUAAAGAAGAGGAGGAUAAAUCUUUGUAAGUAUAAAUAAAUAUUAUUAUCACAUAAAUAAUCAAUCUUCAGAGCCACAGUGCAGCAUCAAUCUUUCUAUUUUGAAAUGUUUUAGGUAUGAAAACCUCCGAGACGUUUUUGGAGGACACUUUUCAAUAAAAUGGUUUUCGCCGUUUUCCCAUCCAGAGAUGAACCGAAGGAAAUCACCUUUCGCAUACUAUGAAGUAUAACCGACAUUGGUUGAUUGCAUGGAUUAUAAAUACGACUAAUUAAUUGUCCACCAUGGUUAUUACAACAUUUUUGCACCAGAUAUCACCACUAUUUGCUCUGCCUUGUUUGGUCCAGUAAUGCAAGCCUAAUCCAAAAACAAUGAGAGACUUAACAAGCAUCAUCCUGGAUCAAGUAUCGUCCUACGAAAUCGUCUUUUCUGAUGAUACAUUGGAAUUCCGUUGCUAUGAAAUGGAAACGCAAUACCGAUGGUCAUUUGAAAACAAACUUGGCUACUACCAAUAAAAAAUAUAUUUUUGCAAGUGAAGUAUCACAAGGAACCAGUAGUGAGAGUUAGUUGCAACUGUUUGAUCAUGAAACCACUUUUGAAGUUUUUUCCUCGUAUUACGAAGACUUUUCGUUACAUCACUCGCCACUUGUUUAAUUCUGCAGGUGCAUUAUGAAGAAGAAAAGCCAAUUCAACCUCUUUUUGCAUAUUCAUUCACUACGAAUGUGGCUGCAACGAAUAAAAACAAUUUGGCAACAGCUCUCAACAACAUGCGCCACCAAAGACUAUGUUAUCUUUUGUUGCGCAAAGCUGAAGUACCAAAUCCUCAACCCUCAGUACCAAAGCCUCAAAAGGGUGGAAAGAAUUUUUUAUUUUCUGGGACCGCAUGUUGGGGAACAUGAAAGUUUUUCUGUUUUAACGGCUCUUAUAUAACUGUAUUACUGUGACAAAUAAUGGAAUAUUCGGGUGGAUCAUAGCAACAAUUUACUGCUGAAAUUGCGUUUAUGUUUACUGUGUAAGAUUAGCAUGCAUUCUAGUGUAUGGUUGGUGCACUGCAGUUGGAAUGGAGUUAAUAUUUUAUUAACUUUGGUGGUUCAACGAGUUCGCUGUUGAGCUAGCUGAUUAAGAGACUGAGGAUAUAUAGUUAAUCUGCAUCUGCUCACUGUAGUUUUAUUUCUUUUGAUUUCAUUUUUACGUUGAUAUUUUUAUUUUCUUUCUGCUCAACAAAUUUUCAGGGAGCCACGGUUCGCUAUUUUUUCCAGUCCUGGAACCCUCCCCCAGGAAAAACAAAACGCGACAAUAUUUUUGGAAUAAAAGUUUACUUCCAACUGUAAUGUACAAUUGUGUACACUCUACCAUAACUGCUCUACAAAUUACGUAUAGUUAUACAAGUACACAUAAAGGACAAACACGCCACCCUAACACUAUCACCUUCAUAGCUCAACCUAUCAUUGGUUCUAGAUGUAGGUAUAACUUGUAAGCUAAAAAGUCGAGUUCACUAAAAACUCGAAAAUCAACUAUAACAAACAUAAAACUCUAUACUGUAUAUACCAGUAAUAGUAUAGUUGCAAUUGUCAACUGCUAACCGCUCCCCUUGGUCCAAAAGAUUUUGAGCUCUUAGCAAGAUGUUUAUUUCACAAAAAUGAAUCCAAAGCCAAAUGCAGUAUAAAUUUCAAUAUAAAAUUUCUUAUUUCUACACACAAAAGGCAGGAACAACCCCUUGGUUAGCUCACAAUUUGCAAGGUGGCAUUCAGUAAAACAUUGAAAUAAUUUUCUUCAAAUCGCGAAAAAAUCGACCAAAGCUAUAGUGCAACUAUUCGGCCUGGUAUAUACUGUUGCAAAACGAAAACUAAACGUUAUUCAAAUACUAGUUAUAAGAUAGUAAAGUUCCCAAAAUGUUCCUUUGGGGUUUUAGUCUUCAUAAAGUUCAUAUAUAUAUAUAUAUCUGGACAAAAACAUUAAAACCAAGGCACAUCACUUGCCACCUACAAAAUAAACAAAAGACUAUUGUCACAGUGCAUAUCUCCUAGUAUAUAGUAGUUGCUUCUUAUAGCAUAAUAGGCUUUAAAACUAACCGUGGUUUGUGUGUGAACUACCUGAAAAGGAUUAGGAAUACUUCGACUGUUUCAAGCGGCCUUGGGCCCUCGGGUAGUUCAGACUCAAACCAUGUUACUGUAUAGUGUAGAGUACUACCUACACUAGACCCCAUGUUUGAGAGAUCAUCUUUUUGAGAGAUCAUCACGGGAAUUCGUACCAAUGUGAACGACACAGGCAAAUUUGAGGGCAUUUUUAGCCCGUCAAGAACGGCGCCUUAAAAAAACUUUCAAUCCUAACCUGUUAGUAACGUCCUUGACCACCGCGCCUGGGCUGUCCUCUAUUGUACCCAGCAUUCCUAGGAUGUCCCCUCUGGCCACCACGAUUACCACCACCGCGUCCCCUGUGUCCUCGGGAUCCACCAGGACCGCCACGUCGGGCUGAAUCAUAACCAUGGGCAUCGUAUUGAUCCGGGCCUGUUUCGCGCCCGUGAUACCUUUGAUCGCUUUCGUCAUCACGGUAAGUAUGAGUGUCUGUUACCUCGCGACGAUCUGCGGCUGGUCGAGCUUCGUAUGUGCCAAGUCUAGAA